CCCACCCUCAACCCUUCUCCAUCAGAUCUCUUCAAAGGCUUUCCUUUUUUGAUAUAGUUUUGUAGUAGUUGUGUGAUUCAGUACUCUGAUGGCGGAGCAACUUCAGCAACAAGGAGGACCGAUGGCUGAGUUUCGGCAACAGUUGGGCCCACAGUACGGACAGCAACAUCCGCGUUCUCGUCAGAUGGUGAAGGCAGCGACUGCGGUGACCGCGGGAGGAUCACUUUUGAUUCUAUCGGGACUGACGUUGGUGGCGACAGUGAUAGGACUGACGGUGGCAACGCCAGUGCUGGUGAUAUUCAGCCCCGUACUUGUGCCGGCGGUGAUAACGGUGUGCAUGUUGAUGGCUGGGUUCCUGACUUCGGGUGCGUUAGGGGCGGCGGCCGUGUCGGUGCUGUCAUGGAUAUAUAACUACGUGACAGGGAAGCACCCGCCUGGUGCGGAUCAGCUGGACGAGGCAAGCUACAAGCUGGCUGGCAAGGCUAGGGAUGUGAAGGAUAGGGCUGAGCAGUUCGGGCAGCGGCACACGAGGAGUGGUACUGCUCAAGCUUCUUAAGCUCACGUACCCAUGCAUGCGCCCAUCCAAACCCAAACACCCUCUCUCUCUCUUCCAUAUGAUUAUGUAUGCAACUAUUAAUGUGCUUGCUACGUACUAUAGUUUCUGUUUUUUCUGUCUGUUUGGCUUUGAUGGACGUUUUUGAUAUUCCCAGUUGUAGAAUUUUCUUUCUCCAAUUUGGGUUGUCGAGGGGUUCAUCAGUUCUAGCUUCUUGUUUAUGUUCUUACUUCUUAUUAUUAGUGUUUGGUGUGUUGGAAUUUCGUGUUUGUUAAAUUGAGAAAAAUAUUUGUGAAUCA